AUGCUCUGCAUGCCAGCCACUUUGACUGAGUGUCUUGAGUUUGCCGACAUCAUACGUCAGACCGCGUUCCCCGGUGCACGCAUGCAUCCGCCCUUUACCACGACCAGCAAGGCCAAGCUCGCGUCGUUCGUCGCGGCCGCCGUCGAAGCCAACAUCGUCAAACUGGAUCCCAACCGCACCACUUCAGAGAAGAUGGCGUUGUCGGUUGUGGAGCGACUCGUCCAGAUGGACAACGACGUGGCCACCCAUCUGGCCGACCCCACCCGCGACCCGAUCCUGCUCGUGACGAACGGUCAAGUCGGAACCGGAAGACAUGGCGUUGGCGGCGGUGUUGGACUUCGCGUGACUGAGGGCUUGCGUGACCAGGUCGAGGAGCAAGUCUUCCAGCGGCUGGCAAAGAACCCCGGUUUUCUCCUGGUCAAACCCGCCGGUGGCCACGACGGCGACGAGGCCAUAACCUGCACCAAGAACGACCCAGCUUACUCCUUUGGAAACUGGCCGCUUCAUCACUACCUGCGCUUUGGCCCACACUUCCUGGAGGCGUUCAACCCGGCCACAAAGCUUCCCGACUCCAUCGUUGGACCCAUGGAUGUCGGCUUUUACGACAAGUUUGCAUUCGCGUUUGCCGUGGUGGUGGUCAACACCCCUACCAUCUCCUUCACGAACAAGAGCCAGGUCGCUGGCCUCAUGCAAGAUCGUUUCGGCACCUUCCUUACCACGAACCAUGCGCACCCGGUCAACCGCGUCAUGAUCGCACGUCACGUCCGAAGCCACAACAUCCUCGGAGGUCAGCUCACCCUGGUCACGGCCUGUUCGCUUCUCGAUGGGAUUCGGUUCGGUAAGGACUUCGACCUGCAGGCGCGUCUCCUCGUGUCGUGGCGGACGUUUGAGGAUGAGGGGUACGACAUGACGUUGCCUUCCCAUCUCCCUCCUGUGAUGCUCUGCAUGGCCCACUUCCGGAUGUUCUGGUUCCUCGCCGACGGCCUCCAAGUGCCGGACAAGGUCAUCAUCGACAUGACCAUGUCUAACAACCAGCGUAUUGGUAGCAAUCCUGCCCAUCUCAUGGGCUAG